UGUUAAUGUUUUACUGAUAUUAUAACGUACAUAUAUAUAGAGAAGAGAUGUAGAGAUCAACAUGGCUAGUAAUAUACUGAUACAUAUACUUGUUUCUUGUUUUAUAUUUGAUGUCAAUAUUGCUCUGGACACAUGUGAAGAUACAUCAAAUGCAGGACCAAUCUGUAAACGUAACUAUAAACAUUGUACAGAUAAACCUGGUGCUUGGAAAGGUUAUAUGGAGAAAACAUGUAUGUAUACCUGCAGUUAUUGCACUAAAGAAAAUGUAGCUUUAGACAAGAAUACGAAACACAGCUCAUUUUUCGAUCAAACUGGAUAUAAUUCAUCUAAUGCUGUAGAUGGUGAACGUCAGGAUAAAUAUGGAUCCUGCUCAGUUACAAAUAAUGGUGACGUCAAAUCAUGGUGGUGUGUUGAUUUACAGAAACAAUACACAAUUAACGAAAUCCGUGUUUACGGUGAAAACGGUGGUGUAGUUAAUGGUACCAUAGACAACCUAGCUAAUUUUACUGUGAUUCUCAGCAAUACUGGAAGUUGUGAUGAAGCAACUCUUAAAUCAUCAACGGUUUGUUAUAAAGAUCCUGGUAGUAAUAGAAAUCCGUAUAGAAUAGUAAGAUGUGAUCAACAACCAGAUGUUGAGUUGACAGGACAGAUUGUAUUUAUAACAACAGACAUGGAAUAUACAUCUCUAGGAUUAUGUGAAGUAGAGGUUUAUUCAGCUCGGUGUUCAGAUGGAUAUUAUGAAAAAUCUAGUGGAACAUGUUCAUCUUGUAAGUGCGGUGGCAAACCAUGUGAUGACAAUACAGGACACUGUAAACCAUGCCCUAUAAAUUGUAAGAAUGAUAAAUGUGAUGUUACUGGUAGAUGUACAGAUGGCUGUAAUGUGGGAUUCUAUGGUAUUGUUUGUACGGGUGAGUGUAGUCCAAACUGUAAAGACAAUGUUUGCUACGAAGCUGGUGUAUGUUCAGAUUGCAGAGAAGGAUUUUAUGACGAUGUCUGUUCAAAGAACUGUUCCAAUUGUAAACCAGGUGGUUGUAGAAGGAAUAGUGGUGUUUGUAUUAAUGGAUGUAAAGACGGAUUUUUUGGUAAUAAUGGAAAGUGUAAGCGAGUAUGUCCGAACUGUAAUCCAGGUGGCUGUCAAAUGAAAGGUGGAUCUUGUAUUAAUGGGUGUAAAGAUGGAUUUUAUGGUAAGAAAUGUGAAUUGAAGUGUUCAACAUGUAAACCUGGUGGGUGCGAUAAGCAGGGUGUUUGUGCCAAUGGAUGUCUAGACGGGUUUUAUGGGAGUGAUGGACUGUGUCUUAGAAAAUGUCCAAACUGUCUACCAGGAGGAUGUGAUAAAGAUGAUGGUGUUUGUAUCAGUGGAUGUAUAGAGGGUUGGAAUACAGAUACAUGCAAUACAAGUUGUAGUAGUUAUUGUCAAGGUGGAUGUAAUAGAUCAAAUGGUACAUGUAAAACAUGUUCUCCAGGUAGAUUUGGUGAUUAUUGUCAAUAUGAAUGUAGUAUUGGCUGUCAAGGUGGAUGUAAUAGAUCAAAUGGUAUAUGUAAAACAUGUUAUCCAGGUAGAUAUGGUGAUUAUUGUCAACAUGAAUGUAGUAUUGGUUGUGUUGAUAACAUAUGUUCUACAGAUGGGUCGUGUAGUUGUAAAGCCACUCAUUAUGGUGAUAAUUGUAACAGGACAUGUAAUGAUGGAUGUAUAAAUAGCGAAUGUUCUAGUAAUGAUGGCCUUUGUUCAUGUAAAGGCACCCAUUACGGUGAGAAAUGUGAACAUGAAUGCAGUAACAAAUGUAUUGAUAGACAAUGUACAGCAUCACCCGAAUCGGGUGAACUACGCUGUACAGUUGGCUGCAUUGAUGGUUAUAUAAAUUCUGACUGUCAAACACCAUGCCCUGUUAACUGUAGUAAAUGCAGUUAUUCAGGUUGUGGAUCCUGUAAACCAGGUUGGUAUGGUAACAAGUGUCAGACAUCUUGUCCUAAGAACUGUCCAAAUCAAUGUAAUUCGGUAUCUGGCGAGUGUGAUGAGUGUGAAGGCAACACAUUUGGCAGGUUUUGUAAUUCAACUUGCAGUAAUGGAUGCAGAGAGCACGAUACAGAUACAAUAUGUAACAUGACUGGUGAUUGUUUAUUUGGCUGUUUUAAUGGUAAUUAUGGUAAAAGAUGUGACAAAACAUGUAGUCCCGAGUGUAGUAAUAGAGGCUGCGAUCAAACAGGAAGAUGUUAUGAGUGUCUUGAAGGAUAUCAUGGUGACGGCUGUGAGAUGAAGUGUGUUAAAUCCUGUAGUGGGCGAUGCAGUAGACAAGAUGGCCAGUGUAAUGAAUGCAUCCCAGGGUAUUAUGGUAAUUACUGUAACAACACUUGCAGCACUACUUGUUUAGAAGGAUGUAAAGCAUCGGAUGGUUACUGUAAUAAUUGUACAGCUGGUUAUUAUGGUAAUUAUUGUAACAACUCUUGUAGCACUACUUGUUUAGAAGGAUGUAGAGAAUCAGAUGGUUAUUGUAAUAAUUGUACAGUUGGUUAUUAUGGUACUUAUUGUAACAAUUCUUGUAGCACUUCUUGUUUAAACGGAUGCACAGAAUCGAAUGGUUACUGUAAUAAUUGUACAGCUGGUUAUUAUGGUAAUUACUGUAACAAUUCUUGCAGCACUACUUGUUUAGAAGGAUGUAGAGGAACGGAUGGACACUGUAAUAAAUGUGUCAAUGGUUAUUAUGGACGAACAUGUAAUAAAACGUGCAGCGAUACGUGUUACGGGGGUUGUAAUAGAGAGGGUAAAUGUUUAGGAUGUAAAUAUGGUAGGAGAGGAUCUGUCUGUUCUCAGGCAUGUUCGUCUUUAUCUAAAAAUUGUAUUCAGUGUCAUCAAUCUAUUCCACGUUGUCAAUACUGUAAAUCUGGUUGGUAUGGAAGACAAUGCAAUGAGCGAUGUCCUACCGGGUGUCUUGGUGAUAGUUGUAACCUUAACGGAAGUUGUAAUUCCUGCAAACUAGGACGAUCUGGACAAAGGUGUGCAUUUUGUCCACCUGGAUGUUUAGGAGAUAAUUGUACUAAAAAUGGAACUUGUAUGGCCUGUAGACAAGGUAGAUUUGGUAUAAGAUGCAGAGACUUCUGUCCUACUGUAUGUCCAGACAUCUGCCACAUGAACGGAACUUGUAUAUCAUGUAACUCGAGGUCUUUUGGUACCAUGUGUAAUAAAACCUGUCCUAUAGGAUGUUUAGAUAAUAUAUGUAACAUGGAUGGUACGUGUGAAUCUUGUAAACAUGGAUAUUAUGGAAUAACCUGUGACAAAAAGUGUAGUACCAAUUGUAAAUCUAUCCUUGGUUUAACUGUAUGUAAUAUAACAGAUGGUUCAUGUAUGGAUGAUUGUGGAGAUGGUACAUCUGGACAUAACUGUACAGAAGGCUUACCUAAAGCUGAAACAAGUAAUAACAAAACUACUGGUAUAAAUAUUGGUUUGGUUAUUGGUAUUGGUAUUGGUAUUGUUGCUGUUAUAAUUGCUGGUGUUGUUAUUAUAGUUUACUGUAAGAGAAGAAAGACUUUAUGGGUAACAAAAAAUCGUGAACCACGUUAUGAUUAUAUUCUUGUCGGAGAUGUCGUUACUACAAGUGGUGUAUCAGAAGAUGAAAGGGGGAAAUCUGACCAAAAUACAGACGUAUUAACGGAAAAAACAUCCAAUAUAUGUAUUAACAGCCAACAAAAAUCGAUAUCGGCUAUCGACUAAGAGUGGUUAAAAUAAAGCACAACAGAGACAAUUAUUCUAACUUAGGAUACGAAGGUGUAACAAAUUUCUAUUACAAAGCUGAUUUAAAAUUUUAUUAUUGCACCACCUUUCUUGUCAAUCUAUCUGUUGAAAGCCAUAAAAUUUAAAUUGUUGGACGAUAAUAUUUUUUUUAUAAAAUAAAUAAAUCACAUAUGUGUUAAAAUGUACAAUUCGACUUUUGGUUGAUGUAAUGUGAUAGGAAGUGUAAAACAGAUUAUAGUAUGUUGGACAGGGUUAUUUAUUUUCAAUGUCGCUCCGACUGUUCCCAUUCAGAUUGAUUCAAUUAAAGCUGCUUGUAGAAGCUAUUAAACGU